CGGGGCAAGGGACCGGGAGGCGGGGCCAGGGGCCGCAAGGCGGAAGAGCCCGUCUCGCCUCCGACCCGGCGUCUCGCACUCUGUUCACCCUCGGUUCCUCUUCGCAUUCUUGCCAGUCCCGUAGCGCUGGGCUGGUUUCCUCCGAGGUCUCUAAGAGCCUCCUACUGCGCCCCGCUCGCCGCCCGGAAGCCCCCAGCCCCUCAAGGACGCAUCACCUAAUGCCGCGGUCACGGCCACCGUCACAAGCGCCCCCAGCCCCACCCCACCCCGGCCUGCCCGCCGUCCUUCUCCCGCCCCCGCCCCUGCCUGCCAGCUCCACCGGGCCGUAGGUGCGGACGACCUCAAAAUUCCUCGGCCCGCGAAGGCCGCCAGCUGCGGGGAGGCGAGGGGAGGAGCGGUCCCGCAGCGCCCCCAGGCUCAUGUCCCAGGUAUGUCCAGACCCCCGAGGCACCGCUUGCAGGACAAUGACAGCCCGUGAGGCUCGGCCUCGGCCCCUGGCACCCUUGGUCCCAGCUACGCCGCCUCCUGGCCUUCCCCCAAGUCCGAGUGAGAGGUGGGAUUCUCUCCGACGCAGUUGGAAACCGGGAAUCCCCUUUAGGGUCCCGUUCGUGCUGCACCACUGACUGCACCAUCUGCAAAGGGAUUCUUGUCCAGAAUCCCCGAAGGCUUUAGGACAGCGCUUAUUUUGUUGAAUGAAGAGUCUCUAAUUUUCGGAAAGACCACAGGCUAAAAGUCGAGUUGUGCCUUUUUAGCCAAGAAGCAUGGAAGUCAUUCACGGCAGGCCCUACUAUUGCAGGGAGCUUGAAGGAGCUGACAUACUGUCCAACACCUUUUACUCUAAUGAAUUGCACACCCCCCUCCAGACGGUUACUCGCCCAACUGCCUCAGAGGACAGGUAUCAGGAAUUAAGGGAGUCACUUCAACCAUGUAGGCUUCCUUGGGGCGCUGAAAGAGAGUAUGGUGGGAUAAUACCGAUUUCACUCCCCGAGGACCACAGGCCAAAGUGUGAGCCUCCUCGUGUCAUGGGCAAAGGACAUCAGCAUUAUGGAUUUGGUGGAGAAACCUGGCCAAGAAAGCUUCCUAUUGAACAAUUUUAUUAUUUGACCCAGAACAAAAAAAGUGAUGUCUAUGGAAAUGAUUCUUUGAUACCCAAGCCGCCUAAUUCAACAGUAGGAGAGAUCUGCUUGCCAUAUCCAAUUGAACACCCCUACCACACACACAUCUGUCGCGGCGCCAUGUUCCCCACCUUCACGUCACCUGAGGACCUCUACACGGGCAUUAAAGCCUGCACCCAGCAGCCCUUUCCUCCCACGGUGCCAACGAAGGCUUAUGAUUCAACAGUUUUGAAGACAAGAGGUAAUCCUUAUAGAUAUGAACUGAUUGAUAUUCCCAUGGAUUCAAAGAAGAAAGCACUGACUUGGCCAGGUCAAGGUGUAUAUUAUGAUUUUCCCAGAGGUGUUGAGAAAAAUAAGCCAGUAUUCUACCCAAAACCUCCUAAAACCUUUGCUCCUAACACUUCUUUAAAUUCAUGGGACCCUAUUUGCUCUGCCAAAGAAGCCAACAUACAAAGAAAUCUUCAGAGGUCCCACUGGCUCACUUCGUACACUCGUGAUUUUACAGGUCUGGGGCCCAUGGACCCCCUUGAACUGGAUGAUUACCAUGAAAAGAUGGUAGCAGAGUUAACAGGAAAGAUAGGAUUUGACCCAGAGCCUCAAGAAAAAUUCCAUCCUGUCUUCAAACCUCCCAGACCGUUGGAAGGACGAAUUGCCCGAUUAAUUCAGAACCGACGUUCUCUGGAGGCUAUAGUCCAGCAAAGACCACGUUCCUGUCCAGAUUGUACUCCUAGAGUUUUGUGUAAUUUUCAUACCUUUGUACCCAGUUCUAAAGAAAUGAUGGCACUUAGUGAUAACACACCAGCCGGUGUGACCCAUAAAAACCAGGAUAUUGAAGAGAAGAUCAUAGAAGAACAGAGCUUGCUGUCUACCUAUGAACUCCCAUCUUGUUACCCAACAAAAGACCUUACUAGCAUUUAUGACAUAAAGCCAUUUCCAAAAAUCACAGAUACUAAAAAGACAGAAGAUUUAUACUGGAGACAGCAGUCACUAAAAACCCAACCCACACCUUACUGUAAACCAAACCACUGGAUUCACUAUGAAAAUCUUAAAUCUCCCCUACGUGAUCAGUAUAAUAUGUGUCCAAACCCUGUUAGCCUUAGUAAACCUAGUGUUUUACAGAAUAAACAAGACACGGAAGCUUUCACUUUAGAACAUUUUUUAAGUAAGCCAGAAGAAGAGUUGUUCUUGAACAUGGAAAACAUUGAAGAAACAAGACCUGUUCUUGGUUGGAUUCCUAGAGCUGGAGUGACCAAACCUCAGACCAACCUGCUGGAGCUUAAGAACUCUUUUUCAAAAACUGGUGCACAAAAGCGUUUCCAUAAAUCAAUUCUAGAAGACCAUAAAGACCUCAGGGAUAAUGAGCAUUCGGGGAUGAAGCACCAAUUCUAUGGCCAUAAUUCCUAUUAUUUCUAUAAUUGAGAUACUCAUUCUUCCCUUCAAAACCCAGCCUCUUGCAAGAAGCUAAAAAAUAUAACAGAAUUUCCUUCAUAUUGCUGGAUUCUGUUUUCUAGAUUAAACCACAAGGACCUUGUUAGUGAGGUUUACAUUUUCAGGAAUUUAAGUUAGUAUCUGGUUGGAGGAACCCAGAAAAGGUGAUGUUAUGACUUCUUGAAAAGUUUAACAAUUUGGCAAUAAAAUAUUAGAACUAGAAAAA